AGAAGAUAGCAAGGAAGAAUGCCCAGAAUGCAUCAUCUAAUCGAGGAAUUAGGUUAAAAUAUUCCUAAAAUGGACUCCUAUCCAACCCCAAGCUCUAGUAAUUAUACACUCGAGCCUGAUAAUUUGAGGAAGGAUCCUAGAUUCAAAAUUGUUUUGAAUGAUGUCCUGAAGUACGGCUCAAAAGAGAAAGGCAAAAUAGUUAAUUUUAAAUUCCGACCUGGCAAUGAAAAGCCCAAUUUUUAUAUAAGGCGUUACUCUCCAGAGAAGGAAAGGAUUGCAGAAACUGUCAAGUUCAAUCAGAGCUUGUUCCUCGAUCGAGAGCCACAUCACCGAUACGGGCUCACUAUUAACAACAGUGGAAAGACAAGAGAGAGUGCCCAGUCCUUAGAUAUUGCCAAAACUAUGUCGAUUCAAGAACUUAAUAGUGCUAAAAGGAGAAAUAAGAUAACUAAAAUUCAUAAGGAAAGAAGUCAGAUCCUUGAACUCCCUGAGUCCCUUAAGAAAGGAAUGACCAGUGAUUUCACACCUUGCCAAGAUAGACGGAUGAUAGAAAGACCGAACUGGAGGCAGCAUGAUAAAGAAAAAUGGACAGAUAUUACAAAGAAAGGCAUUCUUCCUUCUUACCAUGAUUUCGGCAGAAGGACUACUAAUGGGUUCAAUAAUAUUGUUAAGGGUAGUCUGAUUGGCUCAGAGGGAUAUCCAACUUCUUCAUUGGAGAGAUACAAUCCAUAUAUUAACUCACUUCAUGAGUUGGGACACAAGUUUAGAACUAGAAGGUCUCAGAAAGAGAUUUCGACAAAGGAUUUUUCUAGCCACACUUCCAAAGAUAUUGUAAUGAAAAGUUCCCCAUUCUUGAGCAAGAGCAUUCGAGGAGCUGAAUCUGAGUCCAAAUUCAAGCUUGCCAAGAAGAAACUUCAAAAAUUGAUGAAUCCUCGUUACAUGAUUGAUAGAAGGUUUGGAAAUAAAUUUAAUUUCUCACCAGACCAGGACGAUUAUAAUUUUGAUUCUCCCAAGAGAAGAAAUGAGGGUGGAAGAUUGGAGAAGUAUACUUUGAAGAUUAGUAGAUCUAACUCCCAAUCACUCAACAAAGACCUUCCGAUUCUCCAGCUCAAGUCAAGCCUUACUGAGGAUGGCAGCAUAAAUUAA